UGUGGCUCCGCCGGCGCCAUCGCGGUGCUCCGUGCCGGGGCCCUCCCGCCAGCGGCCCCGGGCAGAGAUGCAGCGGGGUGCGGUGACGUUUGAAGACGUGGCCAUCUACUUCUCCCCCGAGGAGUGGGCAGAGCUGGCGGCAUGGCAGCGGGAGCUCUACCAAGAGGUGAUGCUGGACAACUAUGACCUGGUUGCCAGCCUGGGCCCCGAGUCCAAGCUCAUCUGCAAAAUGGAGCCUGGGGAGGAGUCGCGCGGGGGGGCCCCCUGUGGCAGGGGGGACGACAGAGCUCUCGACGCCUCUGGCACCUCUGCCUGGGACGGGACGGCCAGCGAGGACCUGUCUGAGGAUGACGACGGGGGACGCUGGGUCCCGUGCGCAUCACCGGCCGGGGCGGCAGAGGAUUUGGGGUACCCCGUGCUCUGCUCUGGCUGGUGCGAUGCGGAGCCGGGGGCCUGGGCUGGGGACACCCCCCGGGAGCUCCCGGGGUGGCAGCGGGGGGAGCGGCCGCUGGAGGAGCCCAUGGCAGGGGGCAGGGGGCUCCUCAUCUGCGGCGCCUGUGGGCAGACCUUCGAGGACGAGGCCGGGCUGAGCGCGCACCAGGGCAAGCACCUGCGCCCGGCGCCCUCCUACCAGUGCGGUGCCUGCGGCAAGGCUUUCCACCACCGCCGCAACCUCCUGACGCACAAGAAGCACCGGGGCCGGCGCCGGCACGCCUGCACAGAGUGCAGCAGGACCUUCUGCUUGAAAGGGGACCUGCUGCGGCACCGGGCGAGCCACGGCGGCGAGGGCGGCUACACCUGCCCGCUCUGCGGGGACAGCUUCCGCCACAAGCGCGACCUGCAGGUGCACCGCAAGGAGCACGCCGGUGCCGCGCGCCGCCAGUGCCCCGAGUGCGAGAAGCACUUUGAGGACGAGGCCAGCCUGAGCCGGCACCGGGCCACUCACUGCGAGGAGAGACCCUUCCUCUGUGGGCGCUGCGACCGCAGCUUCAGCUGGAAGGAGAGCCUGAUCAUCCACCAGCGCAGCCACGCGCAGGAGCGCUCCCACAAGUGCCCCGACUGCGGCCGCAGCUUCAGCCGCAGCGGGAACCUGCUGGUGCACCAGCGCGUGCACACGGGCGAGCGGCCCUUCGCCUGCCCCCAGUGCGACAAGUCCUUCUGCAACAAGGCCAACCUCAUCACGCACAAGAAACUCCACCGGCGCUACAAGACCUUCGCCUGCUCCCAGUGCCGGCUGGGCUUCAGCUCCAAGAGCAAACUGCUGCUGCACCAGCGGGCCCAUGCCGCCGAGCGUCCCUUUGCCUGCAGCGAGUGUGGGAAGAGCUUCCAGCACCGAGGGAACCUGAUCACCCACCUGCGGGUGCACACGGGGGAAAAGCCCUUCGCAUGCACCGUCUGCGGCAAGAGCUUCAGCCAGAAGGGCGACCUGAUGCGGCACCAGCGCAUCCACACGGGUGAGAAGCCAUUUGAGUGCACCGUCUGCGGCAAGAGCUUCUGCUCCAAGCAGACCUUCAUCCUGCACCAGCGCAUCCACACUGGCGAGAAGCCCUUCUCCUGCACCGAGUGCGGCAAGAGCUUCAACCGCAAGGCCAACUUCAUCACCCACCAGAAGAUCCACCGCGGCGAGCGCCCCUUCAUCUGUGCCGAGUGUGGCAAGGGCUUUUGCGCCAAGAAGACCUUCAUCCUCCACCAGAAGAUCCACAUCGGUGACCGGCCCUUCGGCUGCUCCGAGUGCGGCAAGAGCUUCAGCCGCAAUGGUGACCUGACGCGGCACCAGCGCAUCCACACCGGUGAGCGCCCCUUCGCCUGCACCGACUGUGGCAAGUGCUUCAGCCACAAUGGCGAGCUGAUCAAGCACCAGCGCAUCCACACUGGCGAGAAGCCCUUCACCUGCACCGAGUGUGGCAAGAGCUUCAACCGCAAGGGCACACUCAUCACCCACCAGCGCAUCCACACUGGCGAGCGCCCCUUCAUCUGCCCCGAGUGCGGCAAGACCUUCAACCUGAAGACCACGCUGAUGAAGCACAAGCGCAUCCACACGGGCGAGCGUCCCUUCACCUGCCUGGAGUGCGGGAAGAGCUUCAAGUACAAGGGCAACCUGCGGACCCACCACCUCACCCACACGGUGGAGCGGGUUUAUCCCUGCACUGAGUGCGGCAAGAUCUUCAGCCACAAGAAGGAGCUGACGGUGCACCAGGGCGUGCACACGGAGGAGAGGAUCCUCUCCUGCUACCAGGAGGGAGAGUCCUUCAACCCCUUCCUCCCCAUGCACCCGCUCCUCAUGUCCUGCACCCAGCUCCCGGUGCCACUGGAAGCCUUGGCCAAGUAUAAGUAGGAGAGCUGGUGGCAGCAGGGAGAGCCCAGUGUCCUGCCUGUGGCACGUCCUUGCAGCUGAAGCGGCGAGAGGAACGAGACCAUCGUUACAACCUUAGACCUGCUGCGGGGCUGGUGGCGGAUCGGGGCCAGUGGUUGUUGGGCACCACGGUGGAGCCCCGGGACCCUGGGGAGGAGGUGGCAGCCGGGGUGGGAGCAGGGAUGCUGCCAGACUGCGGCAGCACUGGAGAAUCCGCCCCGCUCUGGCUGGGGCCAGUGGCACCUCGCGAGGACACACGGUUGGGCUGGGACCCAGAAAAAAAAUAACAGAGAGGAAAAUAAAA